AGAGCGAACUGGCGACGCACGCAGUCAGUAGCAUAUGAGCGCUCGCCGAGCGUAUAUCGUUGUGUUAACGGACGGUGCGACGGGGCGAUAAUGCCACCAUCGUGAUCGACGAGCGACCGAGUGAGAGAAAGAGAGAGAGGAUCUUAAACGCCAGUCUGCUAUACGCGCGUGCACGUCGUCGAUAUCCGGCAUCGAGAACGAACGGAAGAAGAGACAGAGAGAGAGAGAGAGUCUUACAUUGAGAGACUUGACGGAGGCGAGAUCGUGGUCGCGCGCACUUGGCUCUGCGAGCACAUGGGAGUGCAGAAUUCGCGCGUCCUCGUGGCGGCGGUCUCUCGCUGUUCUUCGCUCAGAUAAAGGCCCACCGCGCGCAACAAGGUGCCCCUAGAACGUUUCCGCUCAGUCGUCCGAUUGAUCGGUCGGACUACGACGCGCCGGAGUUCUCGCGUGGUUCGUGAUCCUCAGUCGAGUCGCGUUCACGAGAGAGUCGCUUUUUUCGUCGUUGCACCGAAAACACUGUGGCGCGCGCGCAACGUUUUUUCGGCCGAUCUUCGUUGCUCAGGUAGAGGAAAAGAGAGAGAGAGCGAGCGCGACGUUGCCGUUGAAGAACGAAAGGACGGCUUGUUUUUUCGUCCCGAGGGAGGAAGGGAGCGAAGGCCCGCUCUCUCACGAACGUGCGUCGCAAGUCACGCGGCAAUCGCCUUCGCCGGUCAGUGAGAAGAGGAACGUCGCCGGGACAUUCGCCAAGCAGAGAGUGAUCAGCCGCGACGUCGUGUGUUCGAGAGGGUGAAGGAUUCUGCUGCGCGUGCUCUCUCGUACAAUUGACCACGCAGCGCGCUGAAUUGUGAUGCGAGUCGUUGACUGUUAAAUUGAAAGUGUAGUGCACGCGGAGUUUCUCUCACCAACUUACGAAAAUGGUGCCGCAACAACAGGACAGUCCCUCGACCUCGGGGCUUCCUACGUUCGGAUCGUUACUUGUGGAUAAAAAUUCGGCGACUCCGUACUCCGAUGCAACUCAGACGAAGAAGAACAAUCCGAACCACAUCAAGCGGCCCAUGAACGCCUUCAUGGUGUGGUCGCAGAUCGAGCGCAGGAAGAUUUGCGAAGUGCAGCCGGACAUGCACAAUGCUGAGAUCAGCAAGCGUUUGGGCCGAGUGUGGAAAACGUUGUCCGAGUCGGAAAGGCGACCUUUCAUCGAAGAGGCCGAGCGGCUCAGGAAACUCCAUAUGAUGGAGUAUCCUGACUACAAGUACCGGCCCAGAAAAAAGACCUCGAAACCAGCGCCAGCGCCCAAGACGAAGGAAAGCAAGAAACGAAAGACGUCGUCGUCCUCGUCGAUGUCGACAUCGUCAUCCUCGUCGGCAUCGCCGUCGUCCAGCAGCUCGGCGACCUCCGGCAGCAUCCUCGGCAUCUCGCCGUUGUCCCUGUCGCCAAGCUCGGCGACCUCCACUAGUCACAAGACGAGGAACGACACGAACAACAACCACCACUCGACGUCGGUAAAGAGACUGCAAUCGCAUUCUAGCAGCAGGCCCAUAUCCAGGUUGAAAGUGAAGCUGGCCAUGGAUCACGCUCACGUGGACUACACCCCCGCGCCACCCAUCGUCACCGCCAAGGUGCCGAGCAGUCCAUCCUGCGACACCCCGGACUCUCCCGAGUCCGCAAGCUUCUACGACGACAAUUUCCCGGAGUGCGCGACCACGUCGUCCGGCAUGUGCGGCUUGGCCGCGAAGAUCAAGCAAGAGCCGGAUAUGGAGAUGGACUACAAGACCAGUUUUCCGUCGAAAGAUCGGCUGCUCGGAUCGUCGUCCUUGGACAUGUCGUCGGUGAUAUCCAGAAGCAGGGAGUACGGCCGCGACUCCGGCAAUCUCGAGCAACAGCAGGCGACAUUCCACGUGAAGGAGGAGCCGUCGGAGUCGUAUCCCCUGCCAAGGACGAGGACACCGCCAUCUGUGAUGGUCACAGGCAGCCCGACGACGCCGACGCCGACGUUGUCACCGCACCUGUCGCCGGUUCUCACGUCGACGCCGGCCAUGUCGCCGCACAUGUCCCCCGUGCUGCCGUCGACGCCGAUCAUGGCCUCGCACUUGUCGCUCUCAUCGGCGUCGGCCUUGUCGCCUCACGACAUGUCGCCUGUUCUCAUGGCGACGGCGAUGCCGACGGUGACGGUGAUGCCGACGGCUAGCACGGCCUCCAUCACGGCGACGAUCGCGCCGGUCACCGUGCCGAUAUCCACGGCGAACUCGAUGGCUGCCCUCGAUGAUCCGCUCACCCAUGACGGUACCACGGUGGUCAAACUCGAGGAACUCAUGGACGACGCUGCGCUCUACAAUUUCGACCUGUUGCAACUGCACUCUUCUGACAUGGAUCUUGAGCUCGAAACCGAGCUCGACAGUUACGAUACAUCCAGCUCCGCCAGCAGCACGCACUUCGACACCUUCUCCUGCACACCGGACGUCACAGACAUGUUGUCCGACAUCAGCAACAUAAACGGCGAGUGGGUCAACUUUUAAAAGAUCGACGAAGAGGCGACGGAAAGGAACAAAGGGACGACGACGAGGUCGUCACCGCUAAGAUUUGGUUUGUAAGCGUCUCGCUCGCCAGUUAUGAUCGCGUCGUAGACGCGCCGACCUAGGUACAGUCGCGAACACAAGGGAAAACUUGCCCGCGCUGUCCGAAGGUCACGUUCCGACCGGUUGUUCCGCGAAAACGCCCCAAGUCGCUUGACGGCAGCCAUCCGUCGUCAUCGCGCGUGUCAUCGUCUUUUGUAUUUUCGUGCUCUCGAGGGGGACAUCUUCUCCCGUCGUCCUGACGCGCGAUCGCGCACCGUGGCGGUGUGUUGUCCUUCGCGAGAUACAUAAGUUCCGGAGAGCUCGACGAAGGUGUUUUUUAUGUCCAGGCUGAGAUUGUUUACUUUUGAGUUGUAGUCAGCCCUUGAGGACGCUACCAGUGAUUUAUUUUAUUUUUCUAGUAGUGUGUCGCUGCACAAAAGAGAAUCGGGUUGCGAGGACGCGUUAGUUUCCCGAGGAAUUUCGUAGACUUCUGCCGCGACGGAGGGGCGUCGAUUGUCACAACGAGCACUAGAAUUGACAUUCGACCGAAGGCAAAGCGCCUCGCGUGCGAAUCGCACUCGUUAGUAUGCCGACAGUCCCGAAAUCGCCAAUUAUCUCUCAUUAUUCGAUGAAGUGUAAUAAUCUUUAGCAUUUAUCUUACUUUGCUUUUACUUCUUUCGCGCCAAAACAUGAUUAUUUUUGCCUGAAUAUCCGGCCAAUUUGCCGGGUGGCCGCGGUGAGAUAUCGACGUUUCUCCCGACAUCGUGCUCUCCGAUCUUCCUUCAGUCAUCGCCGCGACGGCACUCACACGCGGUACAUUCCGCGCGUGGUUGGGCAAUUCAGACGUGCAGUUAUAGUUGGACGCCAACACGUGUCCACGGCGCGCGACGCUCUCGGGCGUUUUUUCUUCUUCUUUUUGUAUAUGUACUGUAGUAUACUAGCUAGUAAGAUUUUUGUAUGAAAAUCGAUAUAUAUAUAUAUAUAUAUAUAUAUAUAUAUAUAUAUAUAUAUAUAUAUAUAUAUAUAUAUAUAUGUGUGUUUCCGGGGUUUCAUAUAUAUAUGGAUAUAUAUAUAUAUAUAUAUAUAUAUAUAUAUAUAUAUAUAUAAAUAAAUAAAGCGUGGGCGGUCGCAAGGCCGCGACUCGAAGGCGGCCCAGCAGACGACGACAGCACAACUGCCGGCGAUGACGAACGCGAAAUAAGCGAAAUUCGCUCCGGUGUGGUUCGCCCCACGUGGAGCAGGACUCCUGGUCGCCGCGUGCGCGGCCUACGACGGCCCCCGCAAUUUUUUUUGUGUAUACCGAAUAUAAACGCGUAGCAUUAGUAAUAUAUAACUCUUCGUAGCGUGUAAGCGAACCGAUACCGCGGGCAAUAGCGGAUGAAAUCGCGCGCCCGCCGCCGACCGGCCGCGGCGUUCCUUCCGCGUUCGCCGCUCAAAUCGACGCUUUUUCUCGUCCACCAGGCGGCUCUCGCGCCUCCCCGCUCUCUUCGCUUAUCCGGCCACCAGCACGUGUUUCACGCCCGAACGCGGCUGUCCGAUCCUCAUCCGCGAGAGAUCGAGUGCGUACUUCUCGCCUCAGAGCGAGUCGAAACGGCAGGUCGACGUCGAAGUGCAUGGUGGAGGGAUGAAUAAUUUCAUCUCCUCGACGGCUUCGAAGAAGUUAGUUUUUGAGUUUUUUCUUUGGGAGGAUUUUUCCGGGGUUUCACCAAAUGGUGAAACGCGUGCUUCUUAACCAAACGACAAGAUGAAAUUGUGGAACAUAAACAAUAAGAUGAAUGUGUGACUUCAACAUUUCUUGAGUUUUUCUUCUGUAUUUUAAAAUUUGUAUUGGAUUAAAUAAGCGGCACUUUAAUAAAAAAAAGAGCAAACUUAUCGGUUAAAAAUAUUUUGUCAAUAUGGUAUCUGGCUUUGGCGCAGACGUAUCAAAAAAUUUCAGUGGAUUGUAUUGAAAAAUAUACGAUGUCACUGUUGUGAGACUCCAUUUUGUCGUUUAAGAGAAGAUUGAAAGACGGAAGGGGCUUUUUCUUGAGAGAGGAAUGAUUUUUCGUUUUUCUUUGUCGAUCUGUUUGUAUUUGCCGUGUCUUAAUUCGCACUCAUCACUCGCGAUUCAUGAGCGAACGCGAAAAAGCGCGUGUCCCAAGGAUUGCAAUCAACGCGCGUGUGAAGCGGUCGCGAAGUCGCUUCGUCGGAAUGAGAAACUGGAAGAUUCGAGAGAUACCGAGUAAUCUAGUAAGACCCAGGGAAAGUAACGACUGAUUCCAACGCAAAAUUCUUUGCGGACGAGGGAGAACGUCGCCGGUCGGCGCCAAGUCGCGCUCGAUGUUGCUCGUAGGGAGAUAUAAUGCGUGUAUCGAUAACAAAGUAGAUGUUGAAGGAUGCGUAAUAUGCGGGUAUAUCGCGACGUCGACGAGAAAGAGAGAAAGAGAGAGUGAACGAAAGAGAGAUAGUUCUCCCGCGAGGAGCGACGGCGGCAAUAACGAUAUCAACGCGCUCCUCCGAAGAGAGAACGUCGUCGUCGUCGUCGGUUCGGGUGAAGAAAAUAAGUGAGAAGAAGAACGAUUGGCAUGCCCAGUGAUCGAUCGAUCCGCGUGCGCGGACGGUCCCGAUCUCACGUGGAUCUCGUCUCGAGACAGCCUUUCCGAUGUGUGUUAUGCGCCUGGAUCAGCGACGCGAGACGCACGACAGGAUACGUCCUCGGGAUGAUAUUCUCAGAGUUCUCGGAACACCUUCGCGUUCUCCCCUCUCUCUUUCUCUCUUUCUUUCUCUCUCGCUCUCGUUCUUUCUCUCUCUUGACGGAUACAUCCAUCUCUCCGGAUAUAUUCGGACGAGAGCCGCGAGAUCCUUGGUUUUUCAGAUCCCUAUAACCUGGUUGAAUCCUUCUCAGAUCCCCUGCUCCUGCGAACGGCCCGCAAAACCGCCGAGGAGGCACUCGCGGCUCGAUCGCGAAUAAAUGACUCCACGGUUUUUUUUCGCGUAUCAAGGACACUCAAGCUUCUCUCUCUGUCUCUCUCUGAGUCCUCCGAUCGCGGGAUUGCGCGGAUCGUCGGAUCCCGCGAUUCAUGGAACACUGUGAUCUCAGGAUUCGGUGUCAAAUAUCCUGGAAGGGAAGGACAAAGUUCGCGCGCAACGACUCGAAGGGCUCACCACACUGCGGGUCGAUUCGCGGGCGAUUUCGUCGAGAGGAAAGUAAAGAAAGAGGUAGGAGGAAGGGGAGAGAGAGAAAGAGAGGAAGGUAGAUGGUGGUAGCUCGUCUCUCCGAUCGGGAACGGGGCAGAGGAUGGUAGUGGAACGCGAGCGUUUCUCCGAUCGAUCGUGCGCACGAUCCGGCGCUAGAUCUAGCGGUUAAGAUCUAGCGGCGACGUUGGCGGCGAUCGAGCAGCGAGCGUGCGAGCGUGGUAAAGUGAGACGAAGUGAGUGAGAGAGAAAGAGAAAGAGAGAGAGAGAGAGGGAGAGAAACGAGACGAUGUGAAAAGCGAGGUAAGCGAGCCACGCUUGGUCGCGCGCGUGCGCGCGCGGUUAUCGAUAUAUCAAACACUUGAUCUCAUGGUAUCUUUAUUACACACAUAUAUAUAUAUAUAUAUAUAUAUAUAUAUAUAUAUAUAUGUAUAUAUAGCGUAGCGGUUAAUCAUUAUAUUCGUAAAAUCGCGGUGACUAUCGCCAGUCGACACCAGCGAAAUCACUACCAUUGUUUUCUUCUUUUUUCUCCACUUCUCGUUAAAGUCUUUUUUGCGUCCUCCCUUCGUCCCUUUCCUUCCUCAUACACACUCUCUCUUUGAUUAUUAACGUUCGUAUUGAUUAAUGUUGUUCCCCUAUAUAUAUUAUUAUUAUUAAUAUUAUUAUUAAUAUUAUUACUUUUAUUUUCAUAAUUAUGUUUUAUUUUUUUUUUCAUAAUUAUGUUUGUAAUCGUAAUUACAAUAUUUUGUUUUUAUUAUUAUUUUACGUAACUGUAAUAUUAUCACUUUUUGUAACACUACACUACACGAUUAUUAUUGCCGCUAUUACCAUCAUUACUUUGUAUACUGCUACUACCUACCUACCUACCGCCAGUACGGCGUCGAUAUAUCGCCGGCGGGAUCACCAUCACGAGGCGAAGGAAAGGAAGGAUCGACUCGGCGGCGAACGCGCGCCUCACGUCGAUCGGCGCGAAAAGGACAAGAGCGGCACGAGACACCGCCGGUGUGUUCACACACGUUCGGAUUCGGCGAUCGUCCUUUGCAGUGCGGGGAAAGAAACGAGCCCACGUGGUGCGUUGGUGUGUUAUCUCUUCGGUCGGAGGGUUGGGAUACAGAUAAGGUCGCUCGGCGAGAAUUUUCGCGCUCCGGCAGAGAUUACCGCCUAUCUUCAUCUUCUUUUUGUUAUCUUCCUCUUUCUCACGAACUCGCGCCGACGAGCGCGCCGUCAUGCUGCGCCAAUUAAUGCGUGUCGCAGUGUUAAUUGUUCGCCGCCUCUGUUUUCUUUUUUUUUUCGAGGAGGAGCGCGGAGGGAGAUUUUUCUCGGGGAAUGAUCUUUCGAGGGCGGACAGCUCGUUCUCGGCGAGCGGAUGAGUGGUGUACGGGGAAAGGAAAAGAGAGGGAAGGGAAGGGAUUAGAAAAGAGCCGAAACACAGACCUGAGAAGGACAAAAUACAAAAAGGAACACAGUGCCUACCACUCCAGUCUGGAAACUCGCGUACAAAAGUCAUAUACAGGGCCAAGAGGAACAAAGAUAUAAAACUGUUAGUGUUGAUAGCUAUUUACACGAGAAGCGCAAUAACAAUUAUUACGAGUGCGGCUGCUCCGAAAUUCUCGUCUCCUUGACUUGGGGGCACGUCUCAGGAAGCUCAGAGGGAUGGUCGGAUGUUGAUUCUCGGACGACGGGAGGGAAGAGUGGGUAGGGGUAGAGGCGAUCGCGAGGGGGGGGGGAUACAAGGGUCAGAACAGAAGGAGAGAUCUCUCGCGAUCGGGAGAGGCGGAAGGGAGGAUACCAUCGCAUCGCGGAGAGAGAUGCGGGUGCACUUGAACACAUCUCUCCCCCGGAUUACUGCGUCGAUUCCGAUCAAGUGGUUGCGCAAACGGACGCUUCUCCAUCGUCGUGAGCGCAGCGUCACAUAUCAACAAGUAAGAGCCACGUAAUGCCGACGCGUCCAUCGCUCAUAGUCGUAGGAUGUAGUCGCGAUAUACUCAUUGUUGCGCGCGCGCGCGCAUCAAGUCGCCAAGAAGAAGAGGAAGAAGAGGAAUAACUGCCACAAAGAUGCAACGAUCAAAACUGCUGCACGCGCGCAGCGACAGUCGGCGGAAACGCGCGUCUCUUUGCUAUUCGCACGCAAUAAGCAGCUGUUCUUUGCGUCGGGACAAUUGUUUUUCGUUGUUGAUGGGGAGGACGAGCGAGCAAAACUAUCGAAUCGCGACGACCACGACGACUAUCCAGCUCCCGAGGUUGCCGUGGGAGUCGCGUGUGAUCGGCCGAAACAUUGACAACUCUCCACCGCACGAAGAAAGCAACGAACGCGAUCUAACACGAGCUGUCGGAGGGGCAACUCUUCGAGGCUUUUUAAGACGGCGGUGACGAGUCGUCGCGACGGAUGUGAAUUCAAAUAUCAUAAAUUGCUCGAGUAAUUUGCAGCCGAGUGCACGCGACGGCGACGAAGGGCACUUGUGCAAACAGAGAGAGAAAGAGAAAGAAAGGAAGGAAAGAGUGAGAAAGAAUGAAGCGACGCCUCGUACAAGAGAAGAAAACCGACCGCGGGCCCGCCGAGCUCCACCUUUUAGCGCUUAAUUCUCCUUCGCGACUCGCUCUGUGGCUCCGUGAAAGCCAUUGUUUGCGCGGAUAGAGAUCGAUGAUAAGGUACGCAACGCAUAUCGCCGCGUGUACCUGCGUGUGCAUGUAUGUAUAUGUACACAAGUACCCUGUCGUUGUGUAGUCGGGUCGCAGUUCGCACGCAUGAGAGGCCCCGAUCUCUCUCUUUUUCUCUUUUCUCUCUCUCUCUCUCUCUCUCUCUCUCUCUCUCUCUCUCUCUUUCUUUCGGAACGCAAUUAUAGGUGAGUUCGCGCAUGGACACAGAGAGGCAGACCGAAUUCUUCGACGCUGAAGCGAAAUGUAGAGGACACCGGGUAGCGACGUUAGCGAUGAGAUUCGAAUGAUCUUGAACGAGUGAAUUCGAAACCCGUACGAUAGAAGACUCGCAACGGCUCGGUGAACGCAGGGAGAGAAAAAGAAGGACAAACAAACCAACGGCACCGGAAUGAAAAGCACCGGCGAUGAUCGCUGAUUUACGAGCGCUUGCGAGAAAUUGGGGAGGAGAAAGGGAGAGACAGAGAGAAUAUAAAGAUCAUCAGUUCUGUACGUUCGACGCGACACACCAUACAUCACCGGGUUUCUCCGACGCAAAUGAUAAUGCACGUAUCUCUCUGAUCAAGAGAAGAGAAGAAAGAUCGUUUGGCACGUGAAGAACCGGCUCGCGUGGGGGUCACUGUUCUUUUUGUUUUUUUUUUUACACUAUUCGAAGUUUGAUCAACUUUUUCCGAGUGUUCGCGAAUUUAUGCCCGGCACCGCGUGAGAUCGCAUUAUUAUUCGCCAGGUGAAACUUCGUCUGGACACGCAUCCGUAUUACGACCGCAAGUUCGCGCUGAAGACCAGGGCUGGGGAAAAAAAGAGACUUGUCCGCCUCUCUUUCUUGGAGCGGAUAAUAGGAGCGGGAAUUUCGUAUGCGAGCGAGUACGAUAGAGCGAGAAAGAGACUCUAAUCGAUGGAUGUAUACAUUAUAUAUACACACACACUUAUAUUGCGGAAGCGACCAAGGAAAAGAGGAAGAGUUCACAGCAAGUGUUACAGAGUGUAUGUAUAUACAUAUAUAGAUAUAUAUGAAGUAUACAUAUAUAUGUGUGUGUGUGUGUGUGUAUGCAUGUGUAUAUAUAUAUAUGAAGCAGAAUACGUAGUUGUAUAUCAAAGAAAAGGAAGAGAGAGACAAGUCGCGGCGCCGCGAAGAACGCAAGAUGAUGCUGACGUUUUUUUCAUUUUCUUACUUUUCUUGUAAUUUUCCUGUAGAAUCGGUACCCGUCGCGAGAACGUGGCGGAUUCAGUGCUUCCAUCAGAUUCGGUCGCUCAAAAUUCUUCCCCUCGUGUUUCCACUUGGAUGGAAAGAAUUACGCGAUGGUGCUUUAUGACAAGGACAGGCGACUUCGCGCGACGUAUACUUGUCGAUUCCCUUAUCAACCCUUGGCGAACGUGAUUUCUUCUGGCUUCCGGGAAAAAUGACAAGCGGAAAGUGGCAUCGGUCGUGGAAUAUAAAUCAAUAUGCAAACUUUAGUCUAAAACACUUUAUUACCCUUGAACGUGCGUCAGCCGUUCUCGGCAUGAUUCUCGAGUUACACGUCGAUAAUCGACUUCACGAAUUCGAGCCGGGCAGCGUAGACUUCCAGGGGACAUCUUGAGGGCUUCUAAACGCUGAGGGCUUUGAGGGAAUGCGAAGCGUUCUUCAGACGUUCUCUCUGGAAGUUCGCGCUGUACGGAACGAAGAACCGCGAUUCGUUCGCUCGCCCGCGUGUAUUCUCAAUUAUUAUUACGCGACGCGCGUAUAUUAUCGGACGAUAAGCGCGAGGAGAAUACACGGAAGUUGUUGGAGUUACGCGCGUUGACACGCGUCGUCGUCUCCCAAUCGCGUUCGUAUUUUCUUGCUCUCUUCGCGCUGCAACACGCCGCCUUUUAUCUUCACGGAAAUACCGCGCGUCGUCGGCAGGACUCGGCGCGAGCCUUGUUUUCUUUCCAUUGUCCGAUCUCUGAUAAACGCGUUACGUACCAAAUGUUGCGCGUUCCCCGCACGCACACACAUACGAGAGCUGUAUGAUAAGUACCCAUGCUUAACGACUGAUGGCGUCACUGACUCAAAGUCUGUAUACCAUCAUUUAACGCCAUCUUCCGAACGAUGCCAGUCAAAAUUUCAGACAGAUUUAUUGAGUAGUUUUGUUUUGAUAACUGUUGAAAGUGGACAAGUUUGUAUUUGUUUGCAACCAUGGAAAAAGUGCAAUAUCGGUCAGUGAUUCGAUUCCUUUUUUUGGCUGGGAAGACGUGUAAGGAAAUCAAAGUAAAGUUGCAUCCCGUUUAUAAAGACCAUGCACCUUCGAUGACUACCAUCAGAUAUUGGUUUAAUGAAUUUAAGCGUGGCCGAACAUCCGUUUUUGAUAAAGAGCGCCCAUGUCGUCCGAGAUGACUACGAAGGAUAUGGUCAACAAAUCCAUGAUAUCAUGUUAGCAGACCACCGGGUGAAGAUCAGAGAGAUUGCUGAUAUUGUAAAUAUCUCAAUUAAACACGUAAAAAAUAUCCUACACGAAAAAUUGGGCAUGAGAAAGUUAUCGGCGAGAUGGAUGCCGCGUUUGCUCAGAGUGGAACAAAAACAGAAUCGCAUGACAGCUUUGGAGCACUGUUUGGACAUAUUUAAGCGCAAUCCGAAAGACUAUCUGCGGCGUUUCGUCACUGUUGACGAAACAUGGAUCCAUCAUUACACGCCAAAAACGAAAGAACAGUCAAAACAGUGGACUUCACCCGGCGAACCUGCUCCAAAGAAGGCAAAAACGGUUCCAUCGGCUGGAAAGAUCAUGGCCACCGUUUUUCGUGGAAUUCACGAGGCAUCAUUUUCACCGACUAUUUGGAGAAGGGAAGGACAAUCACGGGGCAGUACUAUGCUGAUUUAUCGGGCCGAUUCGACGCUGAAUUGAAGAGAAAACGGCCCCAUUUGGCGAAAAAAAGUGCUCUUUCAUCAUGACAACGCACCAGCUCAUUCGUCCGCAAUCGCCACAGCAAAACUAGUCGAAUUACGCUACGAAUUGCUCUCUCAUCCACCCUAUUCUCCAGAUUUGGCCCCCUGCGACUUCUAUUUAUUUCCAAACAUGAAAAAAUGGCUUGGCGAAAAGUGGCUCACGUCAAACGAGAAAGUCACUGCCAAAACAGAGACCUAUUUUGCGGAGUUCGACAAAUUUUGGAUGGUGUAAAAACGUUGGAAUAUCGCUGGAUUAAGUGUAUCGAACUGAAAGGAGACUACGUUGAAAAAUAAGUAAAAAAAAUUUUUUUUAAAUGCGUUUCCUUCCCUAACACGGGUACUUAUCAUACAGCCCUCGUAUUGUCGCUGUGUCGCGGAAAAACGCGCGGAAUGGAUGACGCGGGAGCGCACCGCGCCUCCGCUUACAAAUCGCUGCUCAAAUAAAUCGUAAGCCCUGUGUGCGUGUGCGUAUGUGUGUGUAUGUGUGUGUAGGUGUGUGUGCGCGCGCCUGAUACAACACCUCGGCGAUCGCCCCGAGUCGCACCGACGACGCGCGCGUUCUUCGCGUUGCGAUUAGGGUUUUUCAAUUUUCGACAAAAUCUCAUUGGAUAACACUUACACUUAGGCGUGCGCGCGCACUCGAGCCGGACCUUCGAGUCGUCGCGAUGCCGUGCAAUCGAUCUCGACGCGAUUUUGUCAGAUGUACUGAAACGCGUCCGCCGCAAUGAUUAGCUUCUUCCUUCUUCUCGUUGAUUAUAGCUUUGAGAUUUUAAUGAUAAAUGAGUAGUGCUCCCUCUCUCCCCCUCUCCCUUGUAAUUUAAUUUUAUGUUGGAGUUGGUGUUUAAUUUAUUUAACUCUACCACUAGAUCUCUAUAACUUAAAUAGUUUUAAUUGUAUCCUUCACACGUGGACGCGUGAACGUUUUGUUAAAGUCGCGGCGAUUCUCGAAUCAGAGACGGCUCGAGUAUGUACGCGUUGUAUUCGUAUAUAAAUAUUAUACAUACAUAUGUGUGCAUACAUAUAAAUACAGACAUAUGUAUAUAUGUGUGUGUGUAUUUGUACGUAUGAACGAGAGCGAUAAGUAGAUGUGUAGUAGUUUCUAACAAAUUCUUAGCGUGUAUAUAUGUCCAAUUGAGAAUGUCGCAGGAGGAUGAGAAAUGAGAGUGAGAGAGGAAGAGAAGAGGAAGGGAGGGUGGAAGAGGGAUGUUUUGAUAUUUCAAGGGCGCGCCUCGUUUGCGACGCGUGCCGCAGUUAUAUUUGGUGUACAUGUAAUAAGGUUUAUCGAGAGCUAAUCGUUAUCACUAUCGGUCGCCAUUAUUUACGGUUGACAUGUAAUAUCUAUGGUCAGGUAAUGCAUUCGUGUACCUUAGGCAUUUGUCGCGUGACAUGUAAUCGCUUGUAUAUCGAUACACGAGAGAACGCCGGCAGGUUUUUCCGCAUGCUUUACUUUCCUUUGUACAAAACACCCAGCGCAGAUGAUUUUCUCGACGAUGCCGUUGUCGUUGUUCCAAAUAAAAAAACAAAAGCGAAUGUAAAAACGCAGCCUUUCGCGAGAGAGAAAGAGAGUACGAGAGAAAGAGAUAUUGUGUGAGAGAGAGUGAAAGAAAGAGAGAUUGAGAGAGAGAGAGAGAGUACACCAAAGUGCAAUAUUAUACUCGUGCGAAGGCGAACAUUUCGCUCCGAAAGCAAAAUAGAAUUCACCUCUAAUCGAGAUACGUAACGCGCUGAAAAACCUGAUCUCAGCCGCGAGAUGUCUAUUUUUCAUGGCGAAAAGUCGAUAUAUUUAAAAAAAGAAAAAAAGAGAAAAGCGAGAGGCAGGAGUAACUGUUUCGAAGAAAGAGAAUGCCGUAAAUUUUUCCACGAUAUUUUUACACACACACACACACACACACACACACAAAGAAAUUCGUAUCUCGCGAUAUAGCCGGUCGGUUCUUUACUUUCUCGCGAUCGACACGCGGGAAGAGGUCAUCUUCUUCAUUCUUCUUGCCGUACUUCUUCUACUUAUACACUCAAUCUUAUGGAUGCUAUACUAUAGAUAUAUAUCGAUAGCGACUGAAGACUUUUGUCGUUUCUAGUUACGCGUUUCCUAUGACUGUUGAUGAAUUAAAGAAGUGGGAACGCGUUCAAGGCAGAAGUGACAUUUCAAAAGUUUAGUUACUAUCGAUAUGUCGAAUAAUAAAGCGUCCAUGAGACUAAGUGUACGAUUAUAUUGCGCCGACCCGCGCACGUUUUGUUGCGUCGCUCGUUCGUUUUUCUUCUCAUUUUCUCUUGUUCUACUUGGUCUCUUUUUGCUACUCUUCUUAGCAUCGAUUACGUACGUUACGCGAGCACGGGAGAGGGAGAGGGGAGGGGCCGCUGCCGGAGCCACUUUCCGCCGGAAAUCGCAAUCCUCCUUCGUUUAUUACUUUCUGUCCGCGCGGGGAAUACGCGCUUUUUCUGUUUCUCCUUUUUAGCCGGAACAUCGCGAAGUUCCGUCGUCGGGACGGAGAGAGGGAUACACGUAAGACAUACGCUUUUAAGUUAUCGAGUCUAGACUCCUAAGUUUCAGCUAUACAUAAUGGAAAGGAAGAAAAAGAUGCUAACAAGAAGUAACGUUAAAAAUACCAACUUGUACAUUUGUAUUUAGUCACCUUGUUUAUAAUACUUAUUACAUUGUUAUUAAGUAUCCGAUUUAUAUCAUUUUUUAUCGAAAUUAUUAAAAAACGACUUAAAAAUAA